AUGUAUAAAAUUAAGAUCUUACCUCGCGCAAAUAUAAGAGCAGAUAGAGUUUUUCGGAGAGAAAUACCAGACGAUGAUAUUUUACAGUAUUACUCCGACAGUGAAUUACGAGCCCGUUACCGUUUCGGAAGAGAGUCAAUUUACAACAUCGUUCGCCUUGUUGAAGACGAUAUAAGGCCAUCGACUAACAGAACCUUCCCAAUUUCGGCUACAAACCAAGUCCUAAUAACCUUGAGAUUUUUGGCUACUGGGAGUUUCUUACAAGUCGUUGGAGAUACUAUUGCAGGAGUAGACAAGGCUACGGUUAGCAGGGUUGUUCGUCGAGUAACUUUGCUUAUAGCUGCAAAACUUGACAACUACGUAAAAUUUCCGCAAACACAACAAGAAAAAGAUAUCAUCAAACAAGGUUUUUAUGAUCUUGGAGGCAUUCCAUGUGUUGUUGGUUGUGUUGACGGUUCACACGUGAGAGUUAUAGCACCAGCUGACAACGAACCCGACUUCGUAAACAGAAAGGGGUACCACAGCAUAAACAUUCAAGGAAUAUGCCAUCACAAAGGGAAGUUUACUAAUGUUGUUGCAAGGUGGCCAGGCUCAACCCACGACAGCCACAUCUUCCGUAACUCGGCUAUUGCACAAGCUUUGGAAGGAACGUCUUUGGAUGAUGGCGUUCUUCUUGGAGACAGUGGGUACCCCUGCCUGCCUUACCUAAUGACACCAUACAACGAUCCAGUAACAGUUAAGGAACGAAGAUUCAACAGGGCACAAAAGGUAACCAGAUCAUCAGUUGAAAGAGCAUUUGGAAUUCUGAAAAGAAGAUUCCAUCUAUUGCACUCCGAAAUUAGAAUGCCAUCUCCGAAAUUAGAAUGUACACUUGUUGCCGCAUGCUGUGUCCUCCACAACAUAGCAAUUGAAAACAACGAACCCAUGGAAAAUGAUGACGAUGAACAUCAAGACCUACCAGACUUAGGACAUAAUUAUGAUGGUGAGAACAGGGGAACGGCUGUUCGCAAUCACAUAACGAACACAUACUUCUAA